UUUUGACGUUUUUCAUAGCCAACAUACUCUGCAGUAUUCAAAGUAUAUGUAUGUUAUAUAAAUUGAGUCAGUCACUUGAAAAGUCUUAAAUGUGUAGAGGGCAUAAUCCCUUUCUUUGUUGCAGAGCCCUUUUCUUUUUUAAGGAUUUUGAGUUUAUCUGGAGCAUUCAUGGCUCUUUCUCUUUCACCUGCCAUGUUGAAGCUGGCGGCUGACAACCCCGCCCACAAGCUUACUGUACACUGCCUAGCCGAUAAAAAGUUGGGCGCUUCGCUUUUAGGAGGCAGAAGUGGACUUUGCACACUUCCAUGGCGUGCUUCUCCAUCCAAAUUAAAAUUUGAUGACGCAAGAAAAAGAAGACAUGGGUUUCACACCUUUGUCAAGGCUACACUUGCAGAUAUUGAUACUACAGAAAAGUGUGCAAAAGAAAUCACACUGCCAAGAGGAGAAAUGUGGGCCAUUCACAAAUUUGGUGGGACAUGUGUCGCUUCUUCUGAAAGAAUAUGGAGUGUGGCAGGAAUUAUAGCGGAAGAUCCGUCAGACAAAAAGGUGGUUGUUGUGUCUGCAAUGUCGAAGGUGACAGAUAUGUUAUAUGAUUUGGUGUACAAGGCUCAGUGCCGUGAUGAUUCUUAUUUGACUGCUCUUGAUCAAGUGCAUGAGAAGCACAAAGCAACAGCCUCUGAUCUAUUAGAUGGAGCUGAUACCGACAAGUUUCUAUCACAGCUUCAAAAUGAUGUGUAUAAUCUUAGAGCGAUGCUCCGCGCCAUUUACAUAGCUGGACAUGCUACGGAAUCCUUUUCGGAUUAUGUUGUUGGGCACGGUGAAUUGUGGUCUGCACAGAUACUGGCUGCGACAAUCCGAAAGCGGGGUUUGCCUUGUGUCUGGAUGGACACUAGGGAGGUUCUUGUUGUCAACCCAACUACUUCAAACCAAGUAGACCCUGACUAUGUGGCAUCAGAGGAAAAGCUUAACAAGUGGUAUUCAUGCACUCCAGCUGAGACCAUUGUUGCGACAGGUUUUAUUGCUAGUACUAAAGAUAAUCUUCCAACAACACUGAAGAGAGAUGGCAGUGACUUCUCUGCUGCAAUCAUGGGUGCCCUGUUCAGAGCCGGACUUGUUACGAUUUGGACAGAUGUCGAUGGUGUAUACAGUGCAGAUCCUAGAAAAGUGAGUGAGGCUGUUAUUUUGAAGACACUAUCCUACCAGGAAGCAUGGGAAAUGUCAUAUUUUGGUGCAAAUGUCUUGCAUCCUCGGACAAUAAUUCCAGUUAUGAAGUACAAUAUUCCUAUUGUCAUAAGAAAUGUUUUCAAUCGUUCAUCUCCGGGGACAACUAUAUGUCAACCUAAUAUUAAGGAGGCAGAGGACCAUCAGCCAGUUCCAGACUCAGUUGUAAGAGGUUUUGCGACCAUUGACAAUUUAUCACUUGUUAAUGUUGAAGGAACUGGCAUGGCUGGUGUCCCUGGUACUGCAAGUGCAAUUUUUGGUUCAGUCAAAGAUGUUGGUGCCAAUGUUAUCAUGAUUUCCCAGGCUAGUAGUGAGCAUUCUGUAUGCUUUGCAGUGCCAGAAAAAGAGGUUAAUGCUGUUGCAGAGGCAUUGCAAAAGAGGUUCAAACAAGCUCUGGAUGCUGGGCGUCUUUCUCGGGUAGAGGUUAUUCACGAUUGUAGCAUUUUAGCAGCUGUUGGGCAACGCAUGGCAAGUACACCUGGAGUUAGUGCUACUCUUUUUAAUGCACUGGCAAAGGCCAACAUCAACAUCCGGGCUAUUGCCCAAGGUUGCUCUGAGUACAAUAUCACAGUGGUUGUGAAGAGAGAAGACUCAAUUAAGGCCUUGAGAGCUGUCCACUCACGGUUCUAUCUUUCAAAGACAGCAUUGGCUGUAGGCAUAAUUGGGCCAGGGCUAAUUGGAGGAACUCUUCUGGAUCAGCUUAGAGAUCAGGCAGCUGUCCUUAAGGAGGAGUUUAACAUUGAUUUGCGAGUAAUGGGGAUCAUUGGUUCUACAAAAAUGGUUCUCUGUGACCGGGGCGUGGAUUUGCAAACAUGGAGGGAGCUUCGAAAAGAAAAAGGCGAAGCUGCUAAUCUAGAAAGAUUUAUUCAGCAUCUGCAUGGCAACAACUUCAUACCAAAUAUUGUCAUUGUAGAUUGUACGGCAGAUUCAGAGGUUGCUAAGAAUUACUACCAAUGGUUGCGAAAAGGAAUGCACAUAGUUACCCCAAACAAGAAGGCAAAUUCAGGACCACUGGAUCAAUACCUAAGAUUGAGAGACCUUCAAAGAAGAUCCUAUACACACUACUUUUAUGAGGCAACUGUUGGUGCUGGUCUACCAAUAAUCAGCACUCUGCGUGGCCUUUUGGAAACUGGUGAUAAAAUUUUACGGAUUGAAGGCAUAUUCAGUGGAACUUUGAGUUAUAUUUUUAACAGUUUCUCUGGGCAAGAAAAUUUUAGCGAGAUUGUAGCGAAGGCAAUGAAAGCUGGGUAUACUGAACCAGACCCUAGGGAUGAUCUAUCAGGCAUGGAUGUUGCUAGAAAGGUUAUAAUCCUUGCAAGGGAGAGUGGUUUAAAGCUAGAACUUAAUGAUAUUCCUGUUCAGAACCUUGUUCCAGAACCUUUGCGGGGUUGCACUUCUGUGGAAGAAUUUAUGCAUAGACUUCCGGAAUUUGACCUUGAGAUCUCAAAGCAAAGAGACGAUGCAGAAUCCUGUGGUGAGGUUCUGAGAUAUGUUGGAGUAGUGGAUACUCUUUCUAAUGAGGGUCGUGUUGAGCUGAAGAGGUAUCCUAAGGGACAUCCAUUUGCUCAACUAUAUGGAUCUGACAAUAUCAUUUUAUUUACAACAAAAAGGUAUCAUGAGCAACCACUUAUUGUGAGAGGACCAGGUGCAGGAGCAGAGGUCACUGCAGGUGGCGUUUUUAGUGACAUUCUACGGUUAGCCUCAUAUCUUGGUGCUCCAUCUUAGUCAUCUGAAUAAGACAAUGUAAAUGAAAAAUGAUGCUUCUCCUCGAUUUCUGUAACAUAACUGUUGUGUAACUGCCCAAUGUUGUCAGUUUCUGCAUGAAACCCAGUAAUUGGUUUUAGAUGCUUUGAUUUUUCUAGAAUUUUUGGUAUGGAUCGUAGAUAUGGGAAACAGACACUGUCAAGACUAUUGCAAAGUUAUUGAUGGAAAAACUUGACCAAUUUUGUCAUUACAAGGAAGGAAGGAUACGGUGGUGGGAUUUAGAAAUAUGAUACUAGGCAUAAUUUAAGAUGCUGCUAAGUCCUUGUCAAGGAUAAGAGGUCUUGAUCAAAUGUUGUAGCACUCUAUACUCAAAUUUGUAGGUCAUGAUGGGAUUGAUUCAAACUUGAGUUUCGAAUGCGGCUGGCCGGCAAUUGUUUAUAAAAGGGAAGAUAUUCUGCAUCGGUACCCAAAAGAAAUACGGAUUAUAAUUAAUUUCUUGGAUAACCUAAUCAAAUGCAACAAGAUUUUGCAAAUAUUCCUUAUUAGGUGUUAA